AUGGCCGCCCUCAUGGAACUAUUCAAGGACGAGGACAGCUCCAUACGAUUUUCCGCCGCUAAAGCCAUAGGCAAGCAGUCGACGUUAUCAGACACAACCAUGGCCGCCCUCGUGGAACUCUUCAAGAACGAGGACCGCGACGUUCGAAAAUCCGCCGCUAAAGCUAUAGGUAAGCAGUCGACGUUAUCAGACACAACUAUGGUCGCCCUCGUGGGACUUUUCAAGGACGAGGACUGGGAGGUACGAGAAUCCGCCGCUAUAGCUAUUAGCAUGCAGUCGACGUUAUCAGACACAAUUAUGGCCGCCCUCAUAGGACUCUUUAAGGACGAGGACAGCUACGUACGAUCUUAUGCCGCUCAAGCUCUAGGCAAGCAGUCGACGUUAUCAGACACAAUUAUGGCCGCCCUCGUCCUCUUCAAGGAUGAGAACAGCUACGAAGCUGAAGAACUCACAAAAGCAUCACAACCACAAACACUCCAAGCCUAUCUUGAGGCUUGUCACUCGCUCAGCCUCGCCAUUCAGAUCGUCACUGACCGCUCCCUGACCACACAAGGCGACACAACAAACCCAACCGGUCGAAUUUUCCCUCAACGAAUUAUCCCGUGGGAUGACUUUCCAACAGCCCAAGAGGGGAUCUGGGCCCAGCUCCCGCCUGGAGGCUCUUUCUCCUCCCAGCCCCUCUUUCCAUCCCAGCAUCAACUUGACUAUGUCAUGUCCCUGAUCAGGCCAAUCAGCAGCGAAAUUGGGCUACGGAACUUCGAGCGCGAUACUGUUGAAAACACGGUGCAGAAGCUCAUCGACGAGGCCUACAACAACCCGCAACUGCGCAACGAUCUCGGCCUACAGGGAACCGUGACGUUCGAGAGCCAUACGAACCUUGUCGAGACCGACGACAGCCUAUCCGAGCACUUGGAUCGCAUGUCUAUCGAAAGGAACGACAUUGGCCAACCGCCGCCAGCUUCGAGGCCACCGAGCCGUAAGCCACGGCGUAAGACGAGGGGGAAGGGCAAUCGAGCGGACCAGUUCUGCAUAUAUCGUACCUCCAACGGCCGCAACAUCCCUGCCGUAGCGAUCGAGUACAAGGCGCCGCAUAAGCUGGGGCGCGACGAGGUUAUUACUGGUCUGGCGUCCGAGAUUCAACCGGAACGAGAUGUCAUCAACAAGGACGGCUCCGGGUUCGCAUCCGCGUCAAGGGCGCUAACUUCCGCCGUCGUUACUCAGCUCUUUUCCUAUAUGAUUGGCAAGGGCAUCCGGUACGGAUAUGUGUGCACAGGAGAGGUCUUGGUCUUCCUCUAUAUUCCGGAUGACCCUAGCACCGUUUACUACCACGUGUGCGUGCCGAACCUGGACGUCCUGGACGACGACGAGAAUAGGCUUCAUCGCACAGCCGUUGCGCAGGUCUUUGCCUUCAUCAUGCAGGCCCUCCGUGCUGAACCGCCUCCCCCGUCCUGGCACGACGCAGCUGCAGCCCUCGAUACCUGGGCUGUAGAAUACGACGAUGUGCUAAGAAAUAUUCCCGAAUCCGUGCGCAAGGAAGCCCGCUCCUCUCCCUACAAACCACAACGGUGGAAAGGUUUCAAGCGCUCGCCAAUUCAGACACGCUCUCGCUGUAAGCAACCUGAUACCGACGCAAGUGGCCGAGACACUAGCGAUGAUGACGAAGAAGAUACCCAGCCUUCACCAACUCCGCAUCGAUCUAGCAACAAGGCUGCGAUUACACUAUCAACCGGGGGACGGUCGGUCAGGGAACGGGGCCAACUACAAGACUGGCAGGGAGGCCGAACGAAGCAAUACAGGAUACAGGACCGCCCAUUCUGCACUUCCGAAUGCCUCCGAGGAUUGGCGUAUGGAGGGGCAAUAGAUAAGACCUGCCCCAAUGUCAAAGAUCACAGACACCGACAUAUGGAGCGAGGGCAAUUCCUUCGGCUCAUUCGUACUCAGCUCGCUGAAGAUCGCGGCCGCGACGCAGACGCCACACCACUCUACCUAGCUGGUCGGAUUGGAGCGCUCUUCAAGGUGCGGUUGUCGUCCUAUGGCUACACCCUUGUUGCCAAAGGUGUGGAGACCGUUGAUCUCGGCCGCCUUCAGCAUGAGGAUAACAUCUACAAUCAACUACAGCCCAUCCAGGGCACACAAGUACCUGUAUGCCUCGGCAGGGUAGAUCUGGUCCUACCGUACUACUACGAUAGUGGCGUCUUUGAGCACUUUUUGUUUCUCAGCUGGGCUGGACUGCCUCUAUUCGAGACCAUCCAACAAACUACCAAGGCUGAUAUCAUCAACAAGGUUGCCACAGCUUACAAGGCAAUCCACAGGCUGCACAUCCUUCACAGAGACGCAGAGCCGCGUAAUAUUGUGUAUGAAGAAGCAAGUGGCAAGGUUAUGAUUGUGGAUUUCGAGCGAGCAGAGUUCCGCGGUCGUCAACCUCUCGGCUCACUCAGCCCUAAUGCUUGGAAUCAGAGGAAGCGAGGGGGGACAAAGAAGCAAGGAAAGGAUGACUUUGCAAGAGAGCAGGAAUCUGCUAUACAAAGCGUUCUAAGGCUGAAAGAACCUAGGUAA